AGUAUACAAGUGAAAACCGGUACCAUAUCACCCUUCCGGUUCUUAUGAGCGAUGCUUGAAGUUUAUGCCCAACCCAUUGAUAGGAGUGUUUUUGUGGCGGGAGAAACGAUUGAAUGUAGAAUAGUAUUCAUAAAUGCAAAUACAGGAAUAAAACAAAGGACAAAAUCUGUUCAACUGGCAUGGGCAAGCGCUCAAAUUCAUUGUCAAUGUACGACGAAUGAAUCUCGAAUAAGUAUUCCGAAAUCGGAGCCAACCAGUGCCGACCUCAGCUCAUCAGCUAAUGAAACAUCGUUCGUUCCAAGUCGAGGGGAAAAGGGACAAGCAGUCCUGACAAGUAAACCGACAAUUUUAUUCUGUGAUCUAGCCUUAAAGAGUGGAGAAAGACGGGAGUUUAUUUAUAAAGAAUCGAUCCCACUAGAUGCACCACCCUCUUACAGGGGUAAUUCCAUAAAGUAUGCUUAUAAAAUAACAAUCGGAACACAACAAUUAAACAAACCAACUGAACUGUUAAGGGUAUCAUUUAGGGUUUUAGUUGUUCCUGGAUUAAACGAUUUAACAGUUUACGCCGAUCCAGAUUCUCUAACUCCCUCUAAUCCAUUUCGAAAGCAGCAAAAGAAUAAAGAAACGGCACCAACUGGUAUAUUGGAUAUUGCGUUGCAAAUUAUUCAGAAUUUAACUUGUAGAAGAACUACGAAUUUUUAUAAUAUUACAAAUAGUAAUGGAAAAGUAGCAAGAUUUUGUCUAUUUAAACAAGCUUUUCGAAUAGGCGACGAUAUUAUAGGUACCUUCGACUUUUCAUUAGGAACAAUUCCAUGUAUAAAGAUGGCUGUUAGUUUACAAAGUGAAGAGCAAGUUUCAGCUGAAUGCCGCAAGAAAAAUACGUCAAAUUCGAGUAUAACAACUCACUGCCGACAGCAAUUAUUUUGCUUGCAUUCUCUGCAUACCCAUAUCACUAUACCUGUUCCCUUAACUGCUACUCCAGAAUUUUUUACCGAUCUCGUUCAUUUAAAGUGGAAAUUGCACUUUGAAUUUGUCGUUUGUUCUGAUACCGUAGACGUUAACGCCCUCUGUGGUUUGACAAGCCUAACAGAAUAUGAAACUUGGAAGGCUCCAGAAUGCUUACAAGUUGAAACAAUGAUUUGGGAUUUACCUGUAAAAAUAUUAGCCACAAAUCCUGUAUCUUGUCCUCCUCAUUCAACAUCUGUAGGCUAUGGUUAA